GCUCUCUAGUGCUUGUUUAGAAAGAUCGCUCUUCUCAUCAGCUCACAUUUCUGGUCCGCCCAGCUUCCGAGUCUCAGGCUUCGGCUUUGGGCCGAGGCGCCAGCACACCUAGCGUCCUGUCUCUCUCCAACGGAUCGCAGACCUCCCAGUUCCGGCUCCUGCCUCCUGGAACCAUGUCUCUGGUAAGCCAGAACGCGCGCCACGGCAGCGCCGAGAGCACUGCAGAUUACAGCGACGGCCGGGGUGAAAUGCAGGCUGCUAACAUCUCCGGGCCCCCCACCUCCAUGCUUGUCUCCGAUGCUCCACAGGGUCCUCAGGGUGCCAGCGCUUCCCAGGCUGCGCAGGACCCAAAUGACCUCGAGGUCCUGAUCGAUGAGCAAUCCCGACGUUUGGGGGCGCUCAGGGUCCACGACCCUCUAGAAGACAGGUCCAUUGCGUUGGUGAAUUUCAUGCGAAUGAAAAGCCAAACCGAGGGGUCUAUCCAGCAGUCAGAGAUGCUGGAGUUUCUCAGAGAAUACUCAGAUCAGUUCCCUGAGAUCCUCAGAAGAGCCUCAGCUCACCUGGAUCGGGUUUUUGGAUUGAACCUCAGGGUUCUCGAUCCCCAGACUGAUACCUACAACCUAAUCAGCAAACGAGGUCCCCAGACCACUGAGCGGCUAGUAGAGUCCCUGGACAUGCCAAAGGCAGGUCUUCUGGCCCUGGUCCUAGGCCACAUACUUCUGAAUGGCAACCGGGCAAGGGAGGCCUCCAUUUGGGAUCUGCUGCUGAAGGUUGAUGUGUUGGAUGAGCCUCAGAGAGUCAACAACCUCUUUGGGGACACAAGGAACCUCCUCACGACUGACUUUGUGCACAUGCGAUUCUUAGAGUACUGGCCCGUAUAUGGCACCAAUCCCCUUGAAUUUGAAUUCUUGUGGGGCUCUAGAGCCCACAGGGAAAUCACAAAGAUGGAAGCCCUGAAGUUUGUGGCACAGGCCCAUGAUGAAGAGCCCUGGAACUGGCCAGAAGAAUAUAACAAGGCCCUGGAAGCUGACAAAGCCAAAGAAAGAAGUCAGGCUGCUGGCUUAGAGUUCUGGUCAGAGGACACAAUGAAUGAUAAGGCAAAUGAUUUGGUCCAGUUGGCCAUUAAUGUCACUGAAGAGUUGCUUCCUAUACAUCAGGAUGAGCUACUGGCUCACACUGGCAAAGAAUUUGAGGAUGUGUUCCCAAAUAUCCUCAGUCGAGCGACCCUGAUCCUUGAUUUGUUCUAUGGGUUCUCUCUGAUUGAAGUUGAUACCAGUGAGCACAUCUAUCUCCUUGUCCAACAACCAGAAUCCGAAGAAGAGCAAGUGAUGCUGGAGAGCCUGGGGAGACCCACUCAAGAAUAUGUGAUGCCAAUCCUGGGUUUGAUCUUCCUGAUGGGCAACCGUGUCAAAGAGGCCAACGUGUGGAACUUGCUUCGAAGAUUUAGUGUCGACGUAGGGAGAAAGCAUGCCAUCACCUGUAAGCUUAUGAGGCAGCGCUAUCUGGAAUGCAGGCCACUGUCCUAUUCGAAUCCAGUUGAAUAUGAGCUUUUAUGGGGUCCUCGAGCCCACCUUGAAACCACCAAAAUGAAAGCCUUGGAGUACAUGGCCAGGCUCUACAGAAAGCGACCACAGGACUGGCCAGAGCAAUAUCGAGAGGCUGUGGAAGACGAAGAGGCCAGAGCCAGAUCUGAGGCAACUGCCAUGUUCUUCUUUGGCUCCGUGUGAAGUGCUGCAAGAUGUAUUACUGCAGCUGAGUGGCAUUGUUAAAGGGGCCAUGGCAGAGAUGGGGCACUGGAGCCCCAAAUCCAAAGUUGGGGUAGGGAGUACACAUUGUGCUUGUUAUCUGUGUUCCAGUUCUAAAAGUGUUCCCUUCCUUUUAAUGUGCCCUUGAAUUAGAGGUGUGAUCAAUGUUUAUAAAUGAAAUUUCUCAUUUGCCAUUUCUGUCUUAAACAUUGAAGUUCAGAUAACUGUGUAAAAUGUAUUGGUAAUAUUUACAUCUGUGAAAUAAGUAGUAAAAUGAUUCUGGUUUGGGAGUUAAACGAUAAUAACACACACAUGACAAAAACAAACAUGAAACCACUGCUCUAUGGACAUUCUUCCUUGUGUCUACUUUCGUGUAAAAAGGAAAAAAAAAAAGACUGCCAUUUAUCUGUAUUUGCUUUGCUGUUCCAGAGUGUAGUGAAAAAUUAAAAAGCAUAAUGAAG